CCGUGACGGCUCGUGCAGGACCGGACUCGCCCGCUCGCCUGUCGCCGCCGUCGCGCCCCCCUGGGCGGCGGGGGCCUCCUGGGCUCGCCGUGCCGCCCGGGCGCUAGCCGAGCGCCGCCCGCCCAGCCGCGGCUCCCCCGCCCGGCAGCCCUGACACCCCGGAGCCGCUGGGCAGCUCCGCGCCCACGGAGGGGGGCGCCGCUCCGGCCGUCGUACACGUACCGACACCUACAGACACACGCACACCUUCUCCUACCGACCCCCCAGGCACGCACGUAGAGCUUGGCAUCCUUUUGCCGAUGAACUGCAUGAAGGACACGUUAAGCCUGGAGCGCCUGGGAGCAGGGAAUAAGUUGUGCUCCUCCUCACCUUCCUCCUCUUCCUCCUCCUCUUCAUCGUCUUGCCACCACCACCAGCCCGCGCUGGCCAUGGCGACGGCGCUGGCGCCGGGGCAGGCGCGCUCCUCCUUGGAGUCCGCCAAGCACCGUCUGGAGGUGCACACCAUCUCUGACACCUCCAGUCCUGAGGCCGCAGAGAAAGAUAAGAGCCAGCAGAGCAAGAGUGAAGAUGCUGGGCCCGAGGAUCCCUCCAAGAAAAAGAGGCAGCGGCGGCAGCGGACCCACUUUACCAGCCAGCAGCUGCAGGAGCUGGAGGCCACUUUCCAGCGGAAUCGCUACCCGGACAUGUCCACCCGGGAGGAGAUCGCCGUCUGGACCAACCUCACCGAGGCGAGGGUUAGGGUUUGGUUCAAGAACCGCAGAGCCAAAUGGAGAAAGAGAGAAAGGAACCAGCAAGCCGAGCUUUGCAAAAACGGCUUCGGUCCACAGUUUAACGGCCUGAUGCAGCCCUACGAUGACAUGUACCCCGGCUACUCGUACAACAACUGGGCAGCCAAGGGCCUGACCUCCGCUUCACUCUCCACCAAAAGCUUUCCUUUCUUCAACUCCAUGAAUGUCAACCCUCUGUCUUCUCAGAGCAUGUUCUCCCCUCCAAACUCCAUUUCCUCCAUGAGUAUGUCUUCAAGCAUGGUACCCUCUGCAGUCACCGGGGUCCCCGGCUCCAGCCUCAACAGCCUGAAUAACUUGAACAACUUGAGCAAUCCCUCCCUGAAUUCUGCGGUGCCGACGCCAGCCUGUCCUUAUGCUCCUCCAACACCUCCAUAUGUUUAUAGGGACACAUGCAACUCGAGCUUGGCGAGUCUGAGACUUAAAGCCAAGCAGCACUCCAGUUUUGGCUACGCCAGCGUGCAGAACCCUGCUUCCAACCUGAGCGCUUGCCAGUACGCGGUGGACAGACCCGUGUGAGGCACCCAAGUAGGAAACACUGCCUGGGAAUCCCUCCCGCUUCCUGCAGAGACUGAGAAUCACGCUAGAAAGUAAUGGGCACUAGAGAGAAAGAGACAGGAGGAAAAAUCAGAGAGAGAGAGGGAAAGAGGAAAGAGAAGGGGGGAAAAAAAGAGGAAACCACUGAAAUAAGAUAGUUCCUUUGUUUUCAAAGGACCUUCUACAGAUUCUGAGAUCUUUCACUAAGAGUAUUUCAACAGUUACAAGGACAUAUAUAUAUAUAUAUAUAUGGACAAAUGUUUGACUGGAUAUGAUAUGACAUUUUAAUGUUACUAUAAGCUUGUUAUUUUUUAAGUUUAGCAUUGUUAACAUAAAAACGACUGAAAGGAUGUAUAUAUAUCGAAAUGUCAAAUUAAUUUUAUAAAAGCAGUUGUUAGUAAUAUCACAACAGUGUUUUUAAAAGGUUAGGCUUUAAAAUAAAGCAUGUUACACAGAAGCGAUUAGAAUUUUUUCGCUUGCGAGCAAGGGAAUGUAUAUACUAAAUGCGACACUGUAUGUUUCUAACAUAUAAUUAUUAAAAACAAAAAAAUUGUGUGAAUAUCAGUUUUAGAAUAGUACCUCUGGUGGAUGCAAUGAUGUUUCUGAUAUUGCAAUGUAAAACAUGCCCUGUGUAUAACAUUUCGUACAAUUAUUAUUGUUUUACUUUUCAGCAAACAUGAAAAAAAAAUGAAAUGAAAUGUGUUUUAUUUCAUGGGAGUAAAAUAUACGGCAUA